AUGCGUUUUACAUCCAACCUUGCCGCCGCAGGCAUCCUCGCCGCCGGCAGCGCAGCAGCGGCCGAGAACUACCUGGGCUUCAACUCAGGAUCGACACUCGCAGAUCGGUCUGCAAAGUUCAAGGCCGACUUCAAGAACGAGUUCACAACAGCACAGGCACUGCAGGGCGCGCCGGGAAAAUUCAAUGCCGUGCGUCUGUACACAAACAUCCAGGCCUACUCGAUCGCCGACCCCAUUCAGGCAUUCGACGCCGCCAUAGAGACCAACACCAAGAUUCUGCUUGGCAUCUGGACCUCGGGCACCGCUAGCAUCGACAACGAGAUCACCGCCCUGAAGACCGCCGUCACGAACCUCGGCGACAAGUUCACCAACCUCGUCAUCGGCAUUUCUAUCGGCAGCGAGGAUCUGUACCGUGAUAGCGUCACGGGAAUCACCAACAAGGCCGGUGUGGGCGCCGGGCCAAAGGUCAUCGUCGACUUUAUUAACACAUACAAGAAGGCCGUUGCCGGCACCAAGCUGGAAAAUGUGCCCGUCGGACACGUCGACACGUGGGACGCAUGGACUAAUGGCACUAAUAAGGCCGUCGUUGACGCCAUUGACUGGGUCGGCGUCGAUGAGUAUCCGUAUUACGAGAACACCAAGGACAACGACAUUAAGAAUGCCGGUGCUCUCUUCGACGCCGCCUACGAUGCUACCAUCGGAGCCGUUGGCGGCAAGCCUGUCUGGGUGACGGAGACGGGAUGGCCGACGACCGGCCCCAACUUUGGCAAGUCGGUCCCCAGCGUGGCGAACGCGAAGACGUACUGGGACGAGGUCGGCUGCCGCAGACUGUUUGGCAAGACGCCCACCUUCUGGUAUAACCUGCGCGACUCGAACCCGGAGAACACGAUGAAGUUUGCCAUCACCAACAACCUGUCGACUCAGCCCCUGUACAACCUGACUUGCCCCACCACCUUCAACACACCCUCGACCACCGCUGGUGGCUCCUCCUCGUCGCCCGCUUCUACAGGGGCCUCUGUUCCGAGCAGUUCAGGGGCUCCCAACAGCUCCGGCGGCAGCAAUACUGGGAGCACCAGCAAUACUAGCACCACCGGCGGCUCCAGCACGUCCACUACGGAAUCGGGCAACGGAUCCAACACCACCACGUCGGCACCGAACCCGAGCAAGACCUCGGGCGCUGGCAAGGCGACAGUGUUUGCUGGCCUCGCCCUCCUUGCUGGAGUAGUUGCUGCGUUAUUCUAG